UCGCUGUUCACGGUUGUGCCCUGCCUGUCCUGCCACACGGCGGCGCCGGGCAUGAGCGCCUCCACGUCCGGCUCCGGGCCGGAGCCCAAGCCUCAGCCCCCGCCGGCGCCCGAGCCGGAGCGGGGACCGCUGUCGGAACAGGUGUCAGAGCCAGUUUCUGAGCCGGUGCCAAGGUCGGAGCCUAUGUCUGAGACGAGGUCUGAGCCCGGGCCAAGGGCUCCGCAGGCAUCGGAACCGCCGCUGGGGUGGCGGACGGGGUCAGAGUCGGGUCCAAGUGUAGGGGCCGGGCUCUUCACCAAGGCCGUGUCGGAGCCGCUAGCCCAGGGAGUGGGGAGAGGGCCCUUGCUCAGACUCGAGUCAGGAUCCGUGCCGGCCUUAAAGCCCCUGCCUCUUCUGCGGCCAGGGCAGGCGAAGACUCCUCUUGGGGUUCCAGUGUCAGGCACUGGCAUGACCUCCAGUGCCACAAUGACCUUACUGCCUCUGGACAGCUUCAAGGGCUGGCUCCUCAAGUGGACCAACUACCUGAAAGGCUACCAGCGCCGCUGGUUCGUGCUCGGCAAUGGCCUGCUGUCUUACUACAGAAAUCAGGGUGAAAUGGCCCACACCUGCCGUGGAACCAUCAACUUGUCCACUGCGCACAUUGACACGGAGGACUCUUGUGGUAUCUUGCUGACCAGUGGGGCAAGGAGCUACCAUCUCAAGGCCAGCUCAGAGGUGGACCGGCAGCAAUGGAUCACUGCCCUGGAGCUGGCCAAGGCCAAGGCUGUUCGUGUGAUGAACAACCAAUCAGAUGACUCUGGGGAUGACGACGAGACUGCCUCCCCAGCCGACAAGGACGAGCUACACCACACCCUGAAGAAUCUCUCCUUGAAGCUAGAUGACCUCAGCACGUGCAAUGACCUCAUCGCCAAGCACGGCGCCGCGCUCCAGCGCUCCCUGACAGAGCUGGACGGCCUGAAAAUCCCACCCGAGAGCGGGGAGAAGCUGAAGGUAGUAAACGAGCGGGCCACCCUCUUCCGCAUCACGUCGAAUGCUAUGAUCAACGCCUGCAGGGAUUUCCUGGAACUAGCAGAGAUCCACAGCCGGAAAUGGCAGCGGGCGCUGCAGUAUGAGCAAGAGCAGCGCGUCCACCUGGAGGAGACCAUUGAGCAGUUAGCCAAGCAGCACAACAGCCUCGAGCGGGCCUUCCGCAGCGCCCCUGGCCGGCCCGUCAACCCCACCAAGAGCUUCAGCGAGGGAAGCCUCUUAACUUCCAAAGGAGAGGACAGUGAGGAAGAUGAAGAUACCGAGUACUUCGAUGCCAUGGAAGACUCCGCAUCCUUCAUCACCGUGAUCACCGAGUCCAAGGAGGACAGAAAAGCUGAAGGUGGAACUGGGACGGGCUCCGUGGACUGGACCUCGGCAGACAAUGUGCUCGAUGGGGCCUCGCUUGUGCCCAAGGGUUCAUCCAAAGUCAAGAGACGAGUCCGCAUCCCCAACAAGCCCAACUACAGCCUUAACCUCUGGAGCAUCAUGAAGAACUGCAUCGGCCGGGAGCUCUCCAGGAUACCCAUGCCGGUGAACUUCAACGAGCCCCUGUCCAUGCUCCAGCGGCUGACAGAGGACCUUGAGUACCACCACCUGCUGGACAAGGCCGUGCACUGCACCAGCUCCGUGGAACAGAUGUGCCUGGUGGCCGCCUUCUCCGUGUCCUCCUACUCCACCACCGUGCACCGCAUCGCCAAGCCCUUCAACCCCAUGCUGGGGGAGACCUUUGAGCUGGACCGCCUCGAUGACAUGGGCCUGCGCUCCCUCUGUGAGCAGGUGAGCCACCACCCACCCUCGGCUGCGCACUACGUGUUCUCCAAACACGGCUGGAGCCUCUGGCAGGAGAUCACCAUCGCCAGCAAGUUCCGAGGGAAAUACCUCUCUAUCAUGCCGCUAGGUGCCAUCCACUUAGAGUUCCAGGCCAGCGGGAAUCACUACGUGUGGAGGAAGAGCACAUCAACUGUGCACAACAUCAUCGUGGGCAAGCUCUGGAUUGACCAGUCAGGGGACAUCGAGAUUGUGAACCAUAAGACCAAUGACCGGUGCCAGCUGAAGUUCCUGCCCUACAGCUACUUCUCCAAAGAGGCAGCCCGAAAGGUGACAGGAGUGGUGAGUGACAGCCAGGGCAAGGCCCACUAUGUGCUGUCCGGCUCAUGGGAUGAACAGAUGGAGUGCUCCAAGAUUGUGCACAGCAGCCCUAGCAGCCCCAGCUCCGAUGGGAAGCAGAAGACGGUGUACCAGACCCUGCCAGCCAAGCUGCUGUGGAAGAAAUACCCAUUGCCGUGA